GCAUCCAGAGUUUUGAUGCAUUUGAGUCAACGGAGCUGCAGCUGCCUUGCUGAGUUGAAAGCUCCACAAGGAUUAAAGCAAAGACCCGGAAAGGAAAGAAGGUUCUCUUCCUCCCAUUUUCUGUUUCACUCCUGUAAAAAUUUACCUUUUGCAGAAAUUAAGUCUUCAAAGAAGAGGUCUUUUUGUUGUCAGGCCCUUCAAAGAAAGGGUCAAGACUUGGGACUUGGGAGAGGAGUCUUCAUCCUCCCUACAAACUCAAAGACAAAAUUUUUCAGGUUACAACUUUCCAAAUUGAUUACCCAGGAGACAAAAAGAAGAGAAAAAGUAGAAAGGAAAUUCCUUUUAGUCCUACUUUUGAAAUUUAUUUUUUCUAUUUCUGAAAGGGUUCUGUGGUAGACUGAUUGCUAAUUUUCCCGGGAAAAUUGGGUGGAUUUUCGUAGAAAAUUGUGGUGAGAAGAGUGAUGGUGCUGUGAGUUUUGGUGGGCUGGGCAUGAACUCUUUGUCAGGUUUUUUUAUUACAAACGAUAUUAUUGCUCUAAAAUACACUAAGGGAAGGCGAAGGGGGAGGGUUUGAAGCCGGAGUGCAGCGGGUUGAAGAGGAAGGCCCUAUUAUUGCUAGUGAUUGAAGCUGAAAGCAGGCAUAUAGAGAUCAGAAGCUUGAGGUUGUUGUCCUGCAACAGGGCAACUGCUGUUUUUAUCAGUUGAGUAGUCAAAUGGUAAAUGAGGAUCUCACUUCCUAGUGUUGGUGAGAAUCAAAAUGUUCGCAGUAGACUUGGUUUCCAGUGUUGCGUCUGCUCCGGCUUCAGAAAUAAUUUCUCAAACAGUAGAGGCCAUUUUUGAAAUUGCAGCUGCUGCUGGGGAUGUCCUUGUUAAGAAGGAUACAUUUAAAGAGGUUUCAACUUAUGUGGAAAGGAUAGUCCCCAUCUUAAGGGAGUUGAACAAGAAAUCUAUUCUUCAUUCUGAGAGCUUAAACAAUGUUAUGGUGAUUCUUAACCGAGAAAUCAGAGCCGCAAAGCAACUGACCCUUGAGUGCAGGAAGAGAAACAAAGUGUAUCUCUUAAUCCAUUGCCGAACAAUAGUUAAGCGCCUAGAAGAUACUAUGAAAGAGAUCAGUCGGGCUUUAGGUCUUCUUCCCCUGACUUCUCUAGAUCUUUCAUCUGGCAUAGUUGAAGAAAUUGAAAAGCUUUGUGAUAAUAUGCAGCGAGCUGAGUUCAGGGCAGCAAUAGCAGAAGAAGAGAUUUUGAACAAGAUCGAGUCUGGAAUCCAGGAGAGAAACGUUGAUCGUUCUUAUGCAAAUAAUUUGCUGGUUCUUAUAGCAGAGGCAAUCGGAAUCUCAACUGAGAGGUCAGUGUUAAAGAAGGAAUUAGAAGACUUCAGGAGUGAGAUAGAAAAUGCUCGGCUGAGGAAAGACCAGGCUGAAGCUAUACAAAUGGAGCAAAUAAUUGCUUUAUUAGAAAGAGCUGAUGCAACUUCAUCUUCUAAGGAGAAAGAAAUGAAAUAUAUGAUGAAGCGGAAAUCUUUGGGGUUUCAACUAUUGGAACCGCUUCAGUCAUUUUAUUGUCCAAUCACCAGGGACGUUAUGGUGGACCCUGUGGAAACUUCUUCUGGACAGACAUUUGAGAGAAGUGCUAUAGAAAAGUGGUUUGCUGAUGGGAACAAAUUGUGCCCCCUGACCAUGACUUCUUUGGACACAUCAAUUUUGCGGCCCAAUAAAACUCUUCGGCAAUCCAUAGAAGAAUGGAAGGACAGAAAUUCGAUUAUUACGAUUGGUUCCUUGAAAUCAAAACUCCAAUCUGAAGAAGAAGAAGAAGAAGUGCUUCAUUGCCUGGGUGAUUUACUAGAUCUCUGUAAACAAAGAGAAUUGCAUAAGGAAUGGGUCAUACUAGAGAACUACAUACCGAUUCUCAUUCAACUUCUUGGUGUUAAAAAUCCCGAGAUAAGGAACAAUGCUCUUGUCAUCCUUUGCAUUUUGGUGAAGGAUAGGGAUGAUGCGAAGGAAAGAAUCGCCAAAGUUGAUAACGGUAUUGAAUCUAUUGUUCGUUCACUUGGGCGCCGUGUUGAGGAAAGGAAGUUAGCAGUUGCAUUACUUUUGGAGUUAUCAAAAAAUAAUUUGAUAAGAGAAUGUAUUGGGAAGGUUCAAGGUUGCAUACUCUUAUUAGUUACCAUGUCCAACAGUGACGAUAAUUGGGCUGCCAGAGAUGCACGAGAGCUACUGGAGAAUCUGUCAUUCUCUAAUGAGAAUGUUGUACAGAUGGCGAAGGCAAACUAUUUUAAACAUUUGCUGCAGCGUCUCACUACAGGACCGGAAGAUGUAAAAAUGAUUAUGGCAUCAAAUUUGGCGGAGAUGGAAUUGACCGACCACAAUAAAGAAUCUUUGGUUCAAGGAGGAGUAAUGGGUCCGCUUCUUUUCAUGGUCGCACAUGGUGACAUUCCAAUUAAAAUGGCGGCUGUUAGAGCUCUUAGAAACCUCUCAAGCUUGCCUAAAAAUGGUAUACAGAUGAUUCGAGAAGGUGCUGAACGCCCAUUACUUGACCUUCUUUUCAAUCUUAGUUCGUCAUUGUCAAGUGUGCGUGAAUACAUAGCAGCCACAAUUAUGCAACUCUCCAUUUCAAUGGCGUCUCAAGAAUCCAACCAGACACCCAUUUCAUUUUUGGAAUCAGAUGAAGAUAUUAUCAAGCUUUUCUCUUUGAUUAGCGUGAUGGGGCCCAAUGUACAGCAAAGCAUCAUUCGGACCUUCCACGCCUUAUGUCAAUCCCCCUCCGCUACAAGUAUCAAGACCAAGUUGAUACAGGUGUGCAUCUUAUUUUACAAGAGGUUUUAAUUUCAAUAAAAAUUGGUUUCCUGCAUACACAAAUCUACCAGUAGAAUAUUAACGGGAUUUAGAAGUUCAAAUAGAAAUGUGGCUAGUCUCAUAAGAACUUGGGAGGUAGGCGAAGGUUCAAACGGAUAUCAACUGAAAUUAUGAAGUCUAAGCUUCAACUGACAGGCCCUUUUCUUUUCUUCUAAGAAACUGCAAUGGGAUUUAUCAUGUUUUGCAAUUAGUAGUCAUCAUCAUUUGACUUUCCUCCAUCACCCUCCUGAAAACAUUAACGACUGGGGUAGCGUAUGCGCAAUUUGGACUAAUGAUGCACAUCCAAAUUCCCAUACAAUAAUAUAGAUAUAAAGAAACAGAAGUUAAUUGAAGCUUUGUUAAGAGAAGGUUUUGUUUUUAUAAUUUAUCGAUAUAUUUUUAGUCAUCGCCUCCUUUAUGGCUAUACCAUGUUUUUCUGGUUAUUGAAAUGUGAAGUUAGGAAAUGUUUAGUCAGAUGUGUCCUUCCUUGAAUUUCAGAGUUUUAAUUCCAAGUUUCGUUUCCACAAUUUAUCUCAUAACCAGACAUAAUAAUCUUUAGCAGAUGCUAACUUGAUUUACACAGCUUCUGCUUCACAAGCGUUAUA